AUGAGUAAUAUUGAAAAACAAAGUUCUAAUUUUCACGUAAACACUGAUUAUUUGGCUCCAAGUGAUACUACUAUUAUUUCUCAAGACGAAGAACAGAAAAUAUUUAAAUGGGCCGAUAAAGCUCCAUCUUUUGGAGAAGUUAAUCAAGAAGAAGCAGAUUCAUCUUCUCUUCCAAAAAAACCACGCAGGCUGAAUAAUCCUCUUCAUAUUUUGAUUCAAGAAUGUUCUCGACAGUAUAUUACUUCUUGUUUUUCAAAGAAAUCUGAAUCAUGUCAGAGACAACUUAUUUCUGAUUUAAAUAAUCUUAAAGAUGAUUUAAAAUUAUUUUGUAGUUAUGAUGUUCUUGAAAAUGCAAAAGCUGCAAUAUUUUCUCAGGAUAAAACUUCUACAUUUGAAGAUAUUAAUUUGGACUCUGAGAUAAUAAGUCUUCGUUUUGAUGAGGGUGAUGCUGUUAUAAAAUCUUUUUCUGAUGCUAUUGAUGAAUUAUAUUAUGAGAAUAGUAAAAAAUCUAAAGAUAUUACUGAUGAAUUGAAUCAAGAUAGUAUAAAUAAAUCUCUGAAAAUUUGGUAUGAGCUUACAACACCAAAUCGUCCAAAAAAUGAAGUAAAGCGUCUUCUAAAGAAUCCACCUCGAGAACCUAAAAAUAUGGAACAAAAACGUAAUAUGUCUCGUAAUCAGCGUUCCCGUCAUAGAGAUAAAAAGCAUUUGCAAUAUACAGAUAAUUCUCUGUUAAAUCAUUAUGGGGAUUCUCGACGAGGACGAGGACGACAAGAAGCACGAAAAAAGUUUCGCAAUAUGUCAAUGGAACAUAACUAUCGCAACAAAGGAGGUUUAGCUGUUGAUAAGUCAGCUGAGAAUUCUUAUAAUAAUGUUUCUAAUUUUUUACCCGGAUAUGCUCACCAUAAUUUUCAACACUCUGCACUUCCAUAUAAUAAUUAUAUGCCACAGAAUUACACAGAUUAUAGUCAUGUUCAACAAUCUCAUAAUACGCCAUCUUAUCCAAUGCAAUAUAAUAAUGCAUACUAUACAUAUUUGCCUCCUCAAAAUCUUCAAUAUGGGGCACCAUUAAUAAAUAAUCAAUAUCAAAAACUUCAUAAUUAUUCAGAAACAGAGCAUUCUACUACUCACCAAUUUCAAAAUUCUCAAGAAAAUGUUUUGUUUACUUCAGAACAACAAGGAAGACAUCAACAUUUGCCUCUUCCUUCAGAUUUUAUGCUUGGACCAAUGGAAGGUGCAAGAAUCGAAAUGCCAGAACCUCAUCAUGUAUUAGGCGUUAUUAAGGGUAUGGUUAUUAGAGAUGGACAAGGAAAUUUUGGAAUAAGGUUGUUAUAUUAG